AAAUAGUGGUGAUGUCAUGCAGGCAAGAUGGCGGAAGGGGAGGACGUGGGCUGGUGGCGGAGCUGGCUGCAGCAGAGCUACCAGGCAGUCAAAGAGAAGUCCUCUGAAGCUUUGGAGUUCAUGAAGCGGGACCUGACAGAAUUUACCCAGGUGGUACAGCAUGACACAGCCUGCACCAUUGCAGCCACGGCCAGUGUGGUCAAGGAGAAGCUGGCUACUGAAGGCUCCUCCGGGGCAACAGAAAAAAUGAAGAAGGGGUUGUCUGACUUCCUAGGGGUGAUCUCAGACACCUUUGCUCCCUCGGCAGACAAAACCAUCGACUGUGAUGUCAUCACCCUGAUGGGCACACCCUCUGGCACAGCUGAGCUCUAUGAUGGCACCAAGGCUCGCCUCUAUUGUCUGCAGUCAGACCCAGCAACAUACUGCAAUGAACCUGAUGGCCCCUCGGAAUUGUUUGACGCCUGGCUUUCCCAGUUCUGCUUGGAAGAGAGGAAAGGGGAGAUCUCAGAACUCCUUGUAGGCAGCCCUUCCAUCCGGUCCCUCUACACCAAGAUGGUUCCAGCAGCUGUUUCCCACUCAGAAUUCUGGCAUCGGUAUUUCUAUAAAGUUCAUCAACUUGAGCAGGAACAGGCCCGGAGGGAUGCUUUGAAGCAGCGGGCAGAACAGAGCAUCUCUGAAGAGCCUAGGUGGGAGGAGGAAGAAGAGGAGCUUGAGGGCAUUCCAAAAGAAGCAAAGGUUCCAAAAGAGACCAAAACCUCCACAUCCUCAGAAGGUGGGCCUGGCCCCCAGAGCCCCUGUAAUGAGACUCCAGUGGAUCCCUCAGCAGAAGUUACUCCAUCAGAGAGCAGUGAAAGCAUCUCACUUGUGACGCAGAUUGCCAACCCUGCCACUGCACCCCAGACACCAAUGCUGCCCAAAGACCUGUCGCAAAAGCUGCUCGAGGCAUCUUUGGAGGAACAGAGCCAGGCUGAAGAUGAGGGCGAGACUGGACCCCCACCUUCAGUUCCCUCCAAGCCUCUAAUCUCUGCAGGCCGCCACAGCGGUCCAGAGCCCAGACCUCCAGCCCGUGUAGAAACUCUGAGGGAGGAAGUGCCCACAGACCUACGAGUGUUUGAGCUGAACUCGGACAGUGGGAAAUCUACUCCCUCCAACAAUGGCAAGAAAGGGUCAAGCACAGACAUCAGUGAAGACUGGGAAAAGGACUUUGACUUGGACAUGACCGAAGAAGAAGUGCAGAUGGCACUUUCCAAAGUGGAUGCCUCCGGUGAGCUGGAAGAUGUAGAGUGGGAAGAUUGGGAAUGAGGGGAGCCAGAGCAAACAGCUCCCCCAACCAUGGCACCUUCCACCUCCUUUGCUCGUCUCAUCCCAGCCUUGAAAGACACUGAUUGGGAAUGUUCCCCAAAUGACCUCUGUUAUCUCGAACUCUGGAUACAGAUUCUGGUGGCUAGGGCCUCUGUUCACACCUUCAAAGGGCCUUUCUAAAUACAAGCCCAGAAUUUUGACUUGUGCCAACCUUAGGGUGACCUAACAGGAGGAUGCCUACCCCUCACCAGAGAGCCUACAUUUCUCUGUUGAACACCCACUGUUCCUGAGACAGCUGCUGGGGAGUCCCAUAGCUAUAAUACAGAAGCAGCUGAACCACCAGUCUCUUGGAGGAAGCCAGGACAGCAUCCCCUGUCCUUCCAUAUGCCAGCAAGGAAGGCAUGCCACCUGCCCUUGGCUCCUUCCCCAGUGGGUAAGAGGCACUCAUCUCUAGGAAAUUUGCCUCUCUUGGGAAUCUCUGUCCCAAACAUUUUCCACUCCUGGAAUGGUUUCCUGGGGUACAGAAUCUAAGACCAAACCUGGAAUCCCCUCCUUUCCCCCAGCCCACACUGGAAUGUCCCCACACUUAGCCAGGGCUUUGUCAUGUCAGAUGCACCCAAGUCCUUAGCCCGUCUGUGCCACUGCAAGACUCUGUUCUUGCAUUCUUCCCCUCCUCCCAAAAAUGGAGGGGCCACUUCAGGCCCUUCUGUGUGUUGCCCAGCAGGAUGCUUGCUCCAAGCUGCUCCCUACCUUAACUCCUGUAGCUUAGGACACAAGCCACUAUGAGUGCUAUGGAGCAAAGGCAAGCCCUCCCAGCCCUGCUCACAGCUUCUCCACCUCAGUCUGUCCCUAAGGGAUGUGUUGGCGUGAUCGUCCCGGGACUCAGCUGGCUUCCGCAGAGGCUUUCCUUCCUGAAGACAGUAAGCUGGGGCAGUGAGGGCUGCCUGCAUUCCUGGAGACUUGGUGCUCCCUGAUACUGCUCUGGUGAUUCUUGUAAGCUAGUGUAUCCACCAGUGAUUUAAAGGGGCUGUGGUCAGGAGCACCACGAGUGGUGGGCACUUCACACCUUCAGUGGGGGGAAGGGCUGGAGAGAAUGAUGAUUUUUUUGUUGGAUGGGGUUUUUCUCUGUAAUUAUUUUAGUUUAAUUAACCUUUUGGUUGUUUGUGCAAUAUUAUAUAUUUUAAAUUAUAAUGCAUCUCCCCAGAGUAUUUUGUAGCCAGAAAAAAAAGAAAACAAAGCAAAAAAAAAAAAAGAAAAAAGAUUCUAACAGCUGUUAGUUUUGUAAUUAAAAAGGAACAAAAAAAAAAAGAACUUUGUUCUGAACCUUUUACAGACUUGCUGUAACAGCAUUAAAGAGAUUCAACAGAAGCUA